AUGUCAUUCCUCCUCUCAACCUAGGCUCAAAACAUUUUCGGAAAUCAUGUGCAAACAAAACUGAAGGCUUUCUGGUCCAGAACUGGUGGAUAUUUGCUUUCAUUGAUUUGGUGUUAUCUGUCCUGAUGGAGCCAGCAAGUUAUCCAGAGAUGAAUCUGAUGAAAGAUGAAAACAAUCAAAAUCCUGCUACCUCCAACAGAGAAAAGAGAGGCCAGUGGGCCAACAAGAGGGAGUACAUUUUAUCUGUUUCCGGACAUAUUAUUGGUCUGGGCAAUGUUUGGAGAUUUCCAUAUCUGUGCUUCAAAAAUGGAGGCGGGGCUUUCCUGAUCCCCUAUGUGGUGUUCCUGUCCACGUGUGGAAUCCCCAUCUUCUUUCUAGAGGUAUCUCUGGGCCAGUUAACGGCUCAGGGUGGGAUCACAUGUUGGAGGAAAAUAUGUCCCAUAUUUGGAGGUUUAGGCUAUGGCAGUCAAGUUACAUUGUUAUACAGUGUGGUGUAUUACAUUGUCAUCCUGGCUUGGGCCUUCCUCUACCUCUUCUCCUCCUUCCACACCGUUCUCCCCUGGGCCAGCUGCAACAACACCUGGAACACAGAUAACUGCAUUGAUUGUGGACAGAAUGAUUCAGUUUAUCGCCACAUCAAUGAAAAUGCAACAUCAUCAGUGAAAGAAUUCUGGCAGAGGAGAGUCUUGGGUUUGUCUGGAGGAAUUGAAGAGAUGGGCAGUAUCCGCUGGGACCUGGCUGGAUGCCUUCUGCUAAGCUGGAUCAUCUGUUACUUCUGUAUCUGGAAAGGAGUCAAGGCGACAGGAAAGGUUGUGUACGUCACAGCCACUUUUCCAGUUGUGAUGUUGAUUGUGAUGCUGAUCCGUGGGCUGACAUUGCCAGGAGCUGUAACUGGAAUUCGAUAUUACCUUUAUCCUGAUCUGACUCGUCUGACUGAUCCUCAGGUGUGGAUGGAUGCUGGGAGCCAGAUAUUAUUCUCCUAUUGCAUUUGCGUAGGCAGUUUGCAAGCGAUGGGAAGCUACAACAAAUACAAUAACAACUGCUACAAAGACACUUUCGCCUUGUGCGCACUGAACAGUUUAACAAGCUUUGUUGCUGGCUUUGCAGUCUUCCCUGUUCUUGGCUUCAUGUCGCAUGAAUUAGGUGUUGACAUCUCAACAGUAGCUGAAUCAGGUCCUGGCCUGGCAUUCAUUGCUUACCCUCUGGCUUUAUCCAUGAUGCCUUUGCCUCAACUCUGGGCUGCCUUCUUCUUCAUCAUGAUUAUCCUUCUUGGAUUGGACAGUGAGUUUGUGUGUCUGGAAGGCCUGGUGACAGCCAUAUCAGACAUGUUUCCAUCCUUCUUUCUCAUUGGUCAUCGACGUAAACUACUUCUGCUGAUCAUCUGUGGUGUUUCCUUUGUUAUUGGCCUGUUUAUGGUGACUGAGGGAGGACUUUAUGUAUUUCUGCUGUUUGAUUACUAUGCUUGCAGUGGAAUACCAUUCAUGAUUUUUGCCAUUUUGGAGUGUGUCUGUGUGGGAUGGAUAUAUGGUGCUGAUCGUUAUUAUGACAAUAUAAAGGAAAUGAUUGGCUACUACCCCUCAUCGCUUAUGAAAUAUUGUUGGAAGUUCAUUACACCAUGUCUCUGUGUUGGAACACUGAUAUUCUCUCUGGUCAAGUUCACCCCGCUGAAAUACAACAACACCUACGAGUACCCCUGGUGGGGCUUUGCCAUUGGGAUGGUUCUUGCUUUAUCUUCAGUUCUCCUGACUCCUCUGUGGAUUAUCUAUUGUAUGGCUGUAACCCCGGGAACACUGAAACAGAGACUGAAAACGUUAUGCACUCCUGCAUCCGAUCUGCAAUCUUCUCCACCAAAGAAGAAUCUUUACCCUGAAACUCCUACUCCUGAUACAGAGCUGCAUGCUUUAACUUAAAAAUGAAAACAUGGCAGUACUGAAGAAACUGAUUGGGUUUUUAAUCCCUUAUUAACUGAUGAAUGCAUCACCAAAGAAGAGUCUACAGCCAGUUACAAACUCAACGCAGGAGAUCUUUACAUCCUUGGUGUCUGAAUGUUCUUGUUUUAAAAAGUCCAACCCUUGACUUAAAAUUGAUACUUUGUGGACAGCCGCGUUAAAAAGUUACAAUUGUAAAAAUACCUUAUCAUCUUAUAUAACUUUUGGUGGUGGAUAUUAUUACUUGAAUUGUUCCUUUUAAACUAUACGGGUUUUGGUUGUGCAAAUAAAUGGAUCUUGAUUGAAACUCCAUGUUAACUUUGCCAUCGAUUUCUAUGUAAUCAAUAACCCCUCAGUAUACCCAUGCUGUUUUUUUAUCCAAAGUGUUACCCAAAAUGAUUGUAUACUGCGUUUUAAUAAAGUGACAAAUAAAGGAAAGACAACAUGGUGCAGUAAA